AUGUCAGCAAGGUUAAGGAACUACUGUGUCCCUGUGCGUGAGCUUGCUAGGUGCCUCCUUCUGUUGCUAGCGGACAGCCCCUCACUGGGGCUUUCACCUUCACAACUGAACACUGUCACGCUCGAGGACCUGGAGCUUCUCUUAACAGAAGGCCUAGCCAGUCCCGAGCCCUUGGGUGUGGAUAACUCAGAGAGGUAUGAGUGCAGUGGCCUGGCGUCCAGCUGUGUAGUCCCUGAACACGACACCCCUAAGCAGCGGAAACAGCUGGAUCAGUGGGUAGCUGAGCUGCAGGCUGAGGUGGUUCACCUGAGGACACACAGGGAACGCUGUGAGCAUGCCACACUGGGCCUGCUUCGUGAGCUGCUGCAGAUUCGUGCUCGUGUGCAGCUCCAGGCCUCAGAGCUGCGCCAGCUGAGGCAGGAAGUGCAACAAGUGGCCUGGAGCCCCGAGAAGGAGGCCUUAGAGCUGUCUGGGCCCCAGAGCCAGAACCAGAUACAAGCCCUGGAUAAAAGGCUGGUGGAGGUCCGAGAGGCUUUGACACAGAUCAGGAGGACACAGGUGCUACAGGACACAGAGCGGAAAUGUUCCGAGCAGGAGAUGAACCUCAGGCUGACCAAGCUGACUGACUUGCUAAGGCAAGAGGAGCAGGGCCGGGAAGCAGCCUAUAGCACCCUGCAGAGGAACCAAGAGGACACUAACCAAAAAGUGGACCGUGGGUUGUCCAAUAUGCAGGACCAGGUGACUAAAUUCAGCGAGGAUAUGAGCAUCCGCUUCCUAAAGAGGGAGGCCAAAUUGUGCAGUUUUCUUCAGAAGUGUUUCCUGGCCAUGGAGCAGAGAAUGAAGUCUUCAGAGAGCACACGCCUGAUGGCAGAAAGCAGCCUUCGAGAGGAACUGGAAAGCCGCUGGCAGAAGCUACACGAACUGACAGAGGAGCGCUUGCGGGCCCUGCGGGCACAUCGUGAGGAGGAGGAGGGUCACCUACUGGAGCAGUGCCGGGGCCUGGACAAAGCUGUAGUCUACCUGACCAAGUUUGUGCGACAGAACCAGGUGUCACUGAAUCGUGUCCUGAUGGCUGAGCAGAAGGCCCGAGAGGCCAAGGUGAGCUUGGAGGAGAGCCAGGCCGGAGAGCUGGCCUCGUACAUCCAGGAGAAUCUGGAGGCUGUGCAGACGGCAGGCAAGCUAGCCCAGCAGGAAACUCAGGGUGCACUGGAACUGCUUCAAGAGAAGAGCCAGGUCCUAGAAGGGUCAGUGGCAGGUCUGGACCAGCAGCUGAAGGACCUGAGUGACCAUUGUCUAGCUCUCAGCUGGAAGCUAGACCUGCAGGAGCAAACACUGGGUGUGAAGCUGUCCCAGGUGCAGGCUGCAUGGGAAGGUGUAGAGAGGGAGUCCCUGCAGAAUCUGGUCCAGUGGCUAAAAGAGGUCUCAGCUCACUUGCAGGAGGUGCAGGAAAAAGUGAACAACCUGCCCCAGCAGAUAGAAAAUGUCUCCAACAAGUGUGUUCUUCACAAGAGUGACGUGGACCUGAGGAUCUCUGCCGAGGGCAAGGCCAGAGAGUCUGAGGUUGAGGCUGUGCGACAGGAGCUAGCCACCCUGCUGAUGUCUGUGCAGUUUCUGAAGGAGGAGAACCCCGGACGGAAGAUUGCGGAGAUCCAGGGCCAGCUGGCCACGUUUCAGAAGCAAAUAAUCAAGUUAGAGAACAGCCUCCAAGCCAACAAGACCAUCCAGAACCUGAAGUUUAAUAACGAGACCAAGCUGCGGGCAGAAGAGAUCGCAACCCUGCGUGAGAGCAUGCUGAGCCUGUGGAGUGAGGAGGGCCCCUGGCCGCUGACACUGGGCAGCAAGCGGGUGUUCAUGUCCCUGGUGAGGCAGCGGUUCUUCAUCAAGGACAUAGCCCUGAGCGAGAUGGUCCCUGUGAACUCCUGGGGCGUGUAUCAGGCUGUGAGGUGGCUUCAGUGGAAGACAAUCCUCUUGAACCUGGUGGCCCACCAAAGGGCAGGAGCAAUCUUUGCGAUGACCUGCUGGAAGCCUGAACCCAAGAUCCUGUCCCAGAAAUAAAGAUGCCAGUUCUUGUA